AUGGGAACGAUUUACGGCGGCGCUCUAGCCACUAUCGUCGCUGCUGCGAGCAGUAAUGCUGCACAAGGCCUAUGUGGCGUUGAGACGGGUACAAGGCUGGUGACUGACUAUGCCGUAUCUUCCGGCAUCUACGUGCCCAAAAGAGAGCCUUUCAAGGAUUCUGUUUUGAAAUCCUUGCACAAUACCCGCGCCUGGACUUAUCAGGAGCGACUCUUGUCUAAGAGAUGCAUCUAUUUCUCGCGACAACAGGUGUUUUUUCAAUGCAAACAAACAGUGUGGUCGGAGGAUCGCUGGGAAGAUGCAUGGGCAAGCCACACGAUUUCGUAUAACGAAUUUGCUUCUAUUCAGCAUGGGUUUGGGAAACUCACGCUCUUGAAUUACUCCAUGUCAAGGGAUUGUCGUCAUCCGGAAAUCUUCGAUGAAUAUUACGCUUUGCUUGCGCAAGAAUAUUCUAUGAAGAAGUUGAGCUAUGACUCCGAUAUCUUGAAUGCAUUUGCUGGACUAUGCUCGUUCUUUUUGCAUCGUUGGAGACUCAAAUUCAUUUGUGGUUCUCCGCUGGAAAGCAGCCUUUCCACUUCUGCUUUAUUGUGGUAUCAUCUGCAAAUGGGCAUUCGCAGAUACAACUAUGACGACGAUUCGAACCUUUUCCCGUCUUGGUCCUGGAGUGGAUGGAUAGGCGACAUCCUUUACCUGCCGUAUGCCUCAGUCGUUCUCCAUGGGCCUGUACUUCUGCGCGGAUCUGAAGAGUGCGUGUGUAUCAUGCCCUCUGGCAGUACUACGCAGUCGAUGGGUUCGUUGAUGUCGAAUUGUGAGGCUUACCCGACGCUUCCUAUUCGCGACCAGGCUUGGUUGGGCAAGGAAGUCUUCUCCGGCAAAUUGAACGUGCUUCGUUUCUGGAGCUUCACCACACCACUACAAUUCUUUUGCUACAAAAAGGCAAAACCUUGCCCAGCCAGUCCUUCACUAACUUCAGUAUCAGGAGAAGGUACCAAUUAUCAGGCAUUUGUUGUGACGAAAGAUGGGUGGAUAUGUGGUGGACUCCUUGGAUUUGAUACCGACAUGUUAGAGAAUGCCAAAUCUGAGUGGGAAUUCGUCCUGCUCUCUGCGUCGACCCUUGGUUGUCGCCCAGACCACGAGCAAACCGUCCCGUCCCGCUGCAUUUGCCCAACUUUUUGCCACAUACACAAUCCAACAAAACAUACUAUGGACGAUGAUACAGAACUAAUGACAGGAGGAAACAACGACGACAACGGUGAGGAGAGCGUAAGGAGCGUGGUCGAAAGCGAAGGAGAAGGAAAAAAUGUAGAGCCGGGAUGUAUGCGAAAUGUCCUCGUCCUACGAUGGGAGGGAAAAUAUGCACACCGAGUUGGUAUAGGUGUUAUCCACAAGAUUGCUUGGGUUGCAGCAGAACCAGAUAUGAAGUUUAUUCAGCUUUCCUGA